CCUCAUUUUCACAUCAACUCAAAUAACAAGGUCAUAUAAUAUAACUCACUAUUAACCCUAAUCUCUCAAUGGCAUUGAAAGUUGUGUUGUUGUUGUUGUUCCUUGCCAUGUUUGUGUUGACAGAGCAUAAUGCUAUGGCACAAGACAUUGACCCAAAAUGUGCAGCAUUUUGUGUAAUAAGAUGCAAUACAAGGCCGGUAUGCCUCUCUAGGUGCCUUGCCAAGUGCUAUAUAACUACAAUCACAUAUGAAUCAGUUGAUACUGAGUCUGCAAAUCGUGGUUGUAACGUUGGAUGUUCUCUUGGUCAUUGCUUCAAGUUUCUCAUCAACUAUGAUAAUGAGAAGUUUGGAAGUUGCAUGACAAGCUGCAAUGAGAACUACUGCAUUGGUGGUAAUAUUGCUUUAGAGAAAGCUUAAGAAAAAGCAUUAAGAAAUUAUGACCACAAAGUAUAUUUGUGUCAUCUAUGACACUAUGCUACUAAAUACUUCUGUGGUAAUAAUUUUCUAAAAUAUGUAUUUGUGUUUUGUAUUGAAUAAAUCUUUUGUGCUUUAAUAUUCCUAUAUAUUAAAGCACGAGAGAAGAUUGUUGUUG